GACAAAAAAUGGAACACACCAGCAGUGUGAGGAGACCUGAAAGUGGCACAUGGCAUGGCAGAGUGUGGCGAUGGAGACAGCAGCAAUGGGAGGCCGUACAGGACCCAUGAGAGACUGUGGACCUGGCAGCAGCAUGAGGAGGCGGUACAGGGGCCCAUGGCAGAUUACGGGCCUGGCAGCAGCAAUGGGAGGCCCGUAAUCUGCCAGCACCCUAUGACAAAAAAUGGAACACACCAGCAGUGUGAGGAGACCUGAAAGUGGCACAUGGCAGAGUGUGGCGAUGGAGACAGCAGCAAUGGGAGGGCCGUACAGGGACCCAUGAGACACUGUGGACCUGGCAGCAGCAUGA